GCAUAAGACACCACCUGCGUAGGUACCUACCCAAGGUGGUAGUUGGUUGUCCACUGCUUCGUUAGGUAUAGAAACACCGUAAGGGUCCAGUCAACAAGAAUACCCUUCUGAAUUACAUCUUCCUGUUCCUCCUCUGAUGUUAUUUCACGGGCUUCCUUUAUCCUCAGCCGCUCCCCUGCUUCGAACAGUCGCUGGAAUACCCCUCUCUCGCGCUGCAUCUUUCCAAUGAUACCUACUAUCCACGGUGGUUGAACAAGGGUGCACGAUAUAUCACCCAGCCCGACUCCCUACGCUCCCGCCUGGAGACGAUCUGAGUCCGUCGAAAACUAAACUAAAUAUUUUUCAACAUGGACGCCCCCGAGCAAGAUAAGGAUAUCGUAAUCCAGAAAUUCUCGGCAGACCUGGCCGCCGAUCUCGAUCGGUCUCUAGCCCCGUUCCUGAGGAAGCCCAACGGCCAGCUGAGACGGCGCGUGCGGAUGAGAGAGACGGCGAGGCUAGUAUCAAAUGUUCUGGAACCGUUCCAAGAGCUCCCUCAGCUGCUCGAUCCGCAUCUGCCCCGCUGGCUGCCCGUCCUAGCCGAGGCCUACCUCGAAUGCUUGCGAGAUCGCCGGAAGACCAGGUCGCUUUCUAUGCGCUCUCAACUUCUACAUCCGCUCUCCAACGCCAUAUGCAGGAUCCUCUACACCUUUUGCAAGAUACGGGGCGAAAAGGUCAUCGUCAGAUUCCUGAAUGUCGAGACUAGGUUUUUAGAGCUUCUGCUCUUUGCCGUCGAGGAAUCAGAGCGCGAGGCCUCGGACUCGCUUACCUCCUGGACCUGGCAUGAGAGGUACAUCGUCCUGCUCUGGCUAUCUCAACUGUUCUUUGCCCCCUUUGAUCUCUCGACCAUAUCGUCUGGCGAUGCCGACGAUCUUGAUCGACUAAGCGUUCCCGGGUUCCAGUGGCCACCACAGGUCCCUGGUAUCACACUAAGGGUCAUUCCUUUGGCAAUCAAGUAUCUCGAAUCCCCCGGAAAGGAGAGGGAUGGGGCUAAGGCUCUCCUAGUCCGUGUUGCGAUGCGAAAGGAUAUGCAGGAGCUAGGUAUCCUCGAUGCCCUCAUAAAAUGGGCUCUAUCAACCCUCAAGCCAUCGGCAGAUACUCCGACUAACUCUCCGUAUCAUUACAUUGGGGUCCUGUCCUUUAUAGCUGGGAUGUUAGGCGCUUCGGAGGGUACAUCUAUCAUGGACCCCCACCUAUAUACUAUAUUCUCUACUGCCCAGGCGAUUGCCACAGAGAAGAACUCUGUUUUCGAUAUCAUCAACGGCUCGGCGCUAGCCCGUAAGAUGCUGAUAAAAGCCAUACGCUCUGCGGCCACACUGAUAUUACGGAAACCGGAGCAGGCCGUAACCGAGACCGAAAUUGUCGAAGCGUCGAUCGGGUACCUGCUGGAGAGACUGGCAGACAAUGACACGCCAGUCAGGCUUGCUGCUAGCAAAGCUCUGAGCGUUAUUACUCUCAAGUUAGAGCCCGACAUGGCGUCUCAAGUUAUCGAGGCUGUUCUAGAGUCGCUGAACCGUAAUGUCCUUUGGGUUAAGAACAAGGCAGACCCGUCUGCUCCUCCUACUCGGGACCUGGUGGCUGUUGACCCGCUCGAAUGGCAUGGUUUGAUGCUUACGCUCUCCCACCUCUUGUACCGGAGGUCACCACCGCCCGAACAUCUGUCAGAUAUUGUCCACGCCUUGUUGAUGGGACUCUCUUUUGAGAAAAGAAGCCUGUCAGGUGGCUCUAUAGGUACUAAUGUCAGGGAUGCGUCCUGUUUUGGGAUCUGGGCGCUAGCCCGCCGAUAUAGCACAUCUGAAUUGCUCCUAGUCCAGACAAAGUCGGUGCUGGUUGCUAGAGGGCACGACUCUGCUGCGUCUAUAUUACAAGUCGUAGGUACCGAACUGGUUGUUACUGCGUCGCUCGAUCCCGCGGGUAACAUCAGGCGUGGCGCGUCGGCUGCCCUGCAGGAGCUUAUCGGUCGACACCCUGACACCGUAGAGAAAGGCAUCAGCGUCGUACAGACUGUCGACUACCACGCCGUCGCUCUCCGCUCCAGGGCAAUACAUGAGGUAGCUUUACAGGCAACUAGGCUAUCACCGCAUUACGGGCGCGCAUUACUCGAAGCGACCCUAGGGUGGCGAGGUAUCGGAGAUAUGGACGCGGGAGCUCGGAGAGUAGCGGCCGCCUCGUUCGGUGCCCUGACGACGGAAUUAAUCGGUUUCGGGGCCUCUGACCCUCUAGGUCGCAUCAAAAGUUCUAUUACACUCCUCCUAUCCCGUGUCAGGGCUCUACAGGUCAGGCAAGUAGAAGAGCGGCACGGGCUCCUGUUAGGUCUUGCAGCUGUCCUGGAUCUCCUUCCGAAGCUUCUCGAAAAUGAACUCUCUCAGUCUCUCCAGGCGGUUCCCGCGGGCGAAGUUUGUGCUGCUCUCAAAGAAAUCCUAGAAGAUGCGAAGACCACCAAGUAUCGGAAGCCGGAACUAAUUGCAGAAGCUGUUAGCGGACUUGCCGUGUCUGCGGCUCCGAUACUUCUGAUACUUUCUCUGCAGCAAAGCUCUUCGGAACCGGUGCCAUCACAUUUCAUAAUGCCCGGGCCAGAAAUUGUUGAGGACGCGGACAACACCUCAAUAAAAUCGCUUACGGACUUGGUGGAUAAGCUACAAGCCAGCCGCCCGACCCUAAUCGAAGAAUUGUUGGUGGUAUUACAAGAUACACUGAACGAGUGGCUCGAUAGGGAUGAGAGCGAGGUGGUAAGGGCUUCGUCGAAGGCUGGACUGAUCCUCCUCGUCUUCUCGAGCCGGGAACGCCGCGCGCAGAUUAUCGACGGGUGGUCCGAUAAGGUGCGUCGUCCACAAGCAUCUCGUAGCAGGCACGGCAAUGGCUUUUUCCACGUCCUGGCCCGCACGUACCAACUUCAGCAUGAUCACUCGGAUACCAUCCUGGCGAUCAAGGUGCUCUCUGAACGAUGGGCGCAGGACGCCGACGUCGAGGUUCGCACCGCGAUUCUCCAGGGAAUCGUUGGCAGGGCGAUUCUUCGGGACAAAGCAUCAGAAUUCGUGGGUAUCAUAUCAGAGGGUCUCGACGACUACACGACAAAUGCCCGUGGUGACGUCGGCUCCCACGUUCGGCUAGAAGCGAUCAAAGCAACCAAAACUCUAUGGGCAGCAAAGGGACUCAACGAAAACAUCGUCUCGGAUCUCUUCCCUCGCGUGCUUCGGCUAGCCGCCGAGAAGCUUGACCGCGUUCGUAUCGAGGCCCAGUCUACAUUGGCCAUGCUCUUACGCCCCGAGUACGCGAAGACGUUUAGCGAACUGUCCUUCUCCUCGAAAGAGUAUUUCGACUUUUUGUUUCGCCUAUGUGGCACGGAAAGACUGGCCGAGACCAUAGCGAAAACCGAAACGGUGGACACAGACAAGUGCAUAUCAAUACUCCUCGCAGGCCUGGUGACCUCGGCCGACACGGGGAACGAAGACUUGGUCGUAGUCAGUAGGGCAGCGCUCGCCGACUUCUGCGAGGGGUCACCGGAGAAUCUGAAGCAGAUAUGCACAGGGCUAGUUCGUAACCUCAAGCACCACAAGGGCCAGGACCGAGUCGUGGUCCCCACGCUUGAGGUGGUAGCGUACCUGCUUCACAUCGGUCAACUGCAGCGGUGCGGCGAGAUCAACCUACGGCAGCUCUGCACGCUGGCGCGAAACGCGGCGUACAAAACGAGCAACGUGCGCAAGCUGGAGGCCUGCAUCAAGGUGUACGGCGCUAUCGCGGCAGUCGACGGCGACGGGCUGGCUUCAGCAGCGAUAUCGCCCGAGCUAGCGAGCAAGAGACGCGAGGGUAUACUCGAGGCCCGCGCAAGGCUCGGGGCGCUCAUGGCGCACCCCUGGCCCCGGGCUAGGAACCUCGUGGUCGACGAGCUAUGGAGAUUGAUGGGCGAGGACGGUGGGCAGGCCAAACUCCUGACCGUCGACUGGGGCAGGGCGGAGGCGGCGCGCGUCAGGGAGGCGGUGGCCGAGCUUGGGCUCGGAUAAGGGCCUUUCGAAACAGAAGAGAGUCGUGUGCUCGUGGGUUUGCUUAGGUACGGGUUAGCGUCGUGGUCGAAGCCAGACCCCAUCGCCCAACGAUCUCUAAAGCCAAAGUGCCCUUACGUGUAGACAGGCUACAGCUUGUCAAGCUUGUUUAGUUUGUUCCGGGAAAGGGUUUGAGUAGUAGUAGACGGAAGCCAAUGGCAUGGGACCACUAAUGACUUGACAAUCUGAUAGUCGGUCUGACCCGGUAUUUCCCUAUCUACCUACGUGCCAAUCUAUCCGUCUGUCCGCCUAACUGUAGGUGCCGCAGGUAUCUGUUGGUGGCCUGAGCUGGCGGGCUAAGGCGUAGGUAGGUACCUAGGUGACUAAGUCGACUUA